UUUUUUUCCAGAAAGCAGUCGUUUCCAAAUUAUGGAUCCCCGUCGUCGUACACUGGCAUCGGUCGAUCCUCAUGGUGGAUCGAAUAUUCCUCUCCCUUCAUCAGCCCUCAAGAGACCCCAGGCUCACUUGGCAAGCUCGGUCAGGGAGGGCGGUGGUGGCAACAGAUUCUCGCUGGCCCCUCAACGCUUGCCAUCCCACUCCGGUGCCAGACAGUCGAGUGUUGCGACUGGCUCGAAUUUUCAGUUUUCACAACAUUCCGAUGCUUAUUUCCAAUCCUCGCAACCCACCGGUUUCUCGAAUUCUCAACAUCAAGAUGCUGCUAGACGUUCGUCGGUCUACCAGGCCCCACAGACCAUCAAUCGACAGCCUACGAGUAGUUCUAAUUUCCCCGCGGCUAGCCGAGGCUCCAUGUCGGUGAAUAGAAACGAGCAUGCCCACUACCGAUCAAGUAGCGCCAACGAUGUCCCUCCUGCGGGCCUGCUCAACUCGCAUUCCACGCCGUCUGCUAACCGAGCUUCCUCCGUUGGGCCAUUCCAAGUUUCUCACCACGGCACCUCUUCCCUCCUCCCGCCCUUUCAAACCUACAAAGACCCUCGUACACGCGACAGAAAGACGAUCGCUUCUUGGCAACAUGAGGUUUACGAGUUCCUCCAAGAGCGUGGCUAUCCCGAACCAUUGACAAUCAAAACCCUUCAGACCCCAACAACAAAAGACUUCCAAAACAUCUUCAAGUUCAUGAUCCAAUGCUCGGACCAUGGCCAUGUCUGGGGAAUUUAUGGGAAGAAGCCGGAGGAUGAAGUGAUCCCGUUGCUGAAGAGUAUGGGAUAUAUUGCGUAUGAUGCACUCACGAAGAGUGGGUUACAAGCACCUGGGAGUAUGCAUACCUGGCCUACUCUGUUGGCAAUGCUACAAUGGAUCGUUACCACCAUCAAGCUGCGUGAAGAAGCAAUGUCUAAUGACAAAAUGAGAUUGGACACUCAAGUCGAACCCUCCCCGGACGACAGCCGCGCUGAGGACUUGGCAGCCACAAGCCAUUGGCUACAGUAUCUCGAGGCAACUUACAAACUGUUUCUUCAAUCAGAUGAUUUUGAUCGUGAAUUACAUAAACCACCGUUAGAGGAAUACUUCCAAAAACGCAAAGAUCGGGUCCUAUCUGAAAUCGAAAGACUCGAGGGUCGUAAUUCACAAUUAGAGCAGGAAUUCAACCGUCUAGCUAGUAAACCUUCAGCUCUAGAAGGAGCCAAGAAAGAACACAAAAAACUGGCCAAGGACGCUCAAAGCUUUUUAGAAUACCUCGCCAAACUACGAGAGGCGAACAAGAAGUCAGAGAAGUACAAUCAAUCAAUCAAGCAAGACUUGGAGAGUGCAGAGGUGAAAUUGAGGGAAUCUCAGAAGAAAAAGGUCGAGUUAGCAGCGCUGGUAGCCAAGCAGAACAUCAGCGAUGCCGAAUUGCAGCACAUCUCAUCCACUCGGGCUCAAUUAGAACGAUCCUCAGCUGCUGCCCAGGCAAAACACAGUCAACUGAAAGAGGCGAUGCUUGACUUGGAAGUCCGAAGCACCCAAGCCUCCGACCGAGUCGAGAAGACGCUGACGAUCUACAAGAACAAAGCCGUCAAACUGGGCUUGAUCCCGCGUGCGCCAGAGCCAUUCGAGCAUCUCGACUUCAGCCAAACUGUCAACAGCGGUGCAGCCGAUGUCGUCGACAUGCUUCCCGAUACACUUGUUGAUAUCAAGCCGGCACUUAUCCAGCUCAAGAAGAACGCUAUCGAUCAUCGCUUGGGAUUGACUGAUCAAGUCCUCUUGGUCGAAGAAAAACUUGCAAACCUCACCGAAACUCUCCAAGAAAAAAGGGAGAAUUUGCAGAUCUUGGAAACCUCGGUCCAACAGUUGGCCAAACAACUCGAAGAUGACAAAGAAAAAUUUGCCGCUGAAAUCGGCCGAAUGAAUGAACAGAUUGAUACUAUUUUGAAACGAGUUACCGAGACUGAAUCCACAAUUGAAAACAGUCGAGUGACUGUUGAUCACGAAAUCCAAGCUCUGAGAGUCAGGUUUGAUGAAACACAAGAACGUCUGAGUAAACUGACCAAAGACAAUGUGGAUGAGAUGAACUCGAUCUUAGGAUUCAUUGUAUCCUACAAAGAGCGGAUUGCCGAAAAGACCUUGCAGCUCAAGCACUUGUCUGAAUCCACUGGCGGGCCUAGCAUUAAUCUGGAUGUUAACUACCCGGCCGGCAGUAGUGGCACCAAUAACACCAACAUGCGCAUUUAAUCCUUAUGUAUCUUGUUUCAACAAAAAAACAUCCUCAUUGUCAUCAUCCUUGUAUGCUGCCUUCUUAUUUGAUCUUGAAGUCAGUUUUAGCUUUAAUCUGUUGUAGUUUUCUUUUCUAUUUCUGAAUUUUAUCAUCAGAAAAUUGGAUUUGUAGUGCUUGCUCAAUGUCGAGUUUGAAAACUCAAUAGCCC